CUGGCUCCAACGAAAACAUACCACAGUGAUCGUGUAUACAGCCAAAAUUUCAAACAAAAACUAUCCAAGUUACAACGUUUCAGAACGGAGAGCGCGCCGAGGAAAACAAAAGCGCGGGAACGGCCCCCAUUGGCGGAGGAGGUAGGCGUUCUCACCGAUAAUAUGGCGGAAAUAUUGCGAGGAGGUAUUCAAGGCGCAGGGAGACGGCUCCCUCCGAGCUUAUUUCUCUCUAAGGUGCCAGUUUCAAGCUGUCCUACAUGUACAGUUCCCGUGCAGCUUGUUCACAAGCUGUGCCCUCAUCGCAAUGUAGUCCAGCGGUACCAGGUGGAACAGAAGGACAGCUUGGACGAUCACCUGGAUGUACUCACGAGGAAACUCGCCGAGAAGGAGGGCCGGCUCCGAUUAUCAAAAUCUAAAAUCCGAGAAACACAGAACGAGAUUGAGAAUCUUCACGCCAUAGAUCAGGACGUGCGAGUGAGGUACAGAGAGAUUAUGGAGUCACUACGAGCAGAUCUGCUGGCCAACGAGAAGGAGUGCAAGAAACUACAGGAACAGAUAGAAUGGGUGUCCAGGAAGCGUGCAGAAUUACGGGAUGAAGUGCGUCUUGGACAGAAGUUAUAUGGGGAAGCCGCUGCCGAAUUAGCCAGUAAUCUAGCUGAGAUUCAAAAAGGGCGCUCCGUUGAUGUCAAAGUUACUGACAAGCCCUUGGAGCCUUCCUCGACGUCCCUCCGCCGUCGGAAGGAGCCCACACUACCCAGGGCUUCGCCCGUCAGUUCUCUGACCAUCAAAACAUCACCUCGCCUCUCCCACGAGUCAAUCGCUAUGAGACACAAUUAA